AUGGCUUCAUCACUCUACGACUUCACGGUCUACCGUGGCACGUUCAUUCAAUUGUCGCGCAACCCUCCAGCAGGCCAGAAACCCGUGCUGCUGAGGAACACCGGUGCGUUGUGGGUUUCUGCUGCUGAUGGCCGCAUUGCCGACUUCGAUUGGCAGGCAACAGACGACAAUGCCUUUCGGCAAUUGAUGGAGAAGCAAGGCUGGGUGGAUGUGGACUCUCAGGUCAAUGGCCAUUCGGGCCAACAGACCAAAGUGAAAAUUGUGACUGCCAGGGAUGAUGUGAACGAGUUCUUCUUCCCGGGUUUCAUCGACACGCACAUCCAUGCGCCUCAAUACCCCAACGCAGGGUUAUUCGGCUCAUCUACUCUUCUCGACUGGUUGGAAACAUACACGUUCCCGGUCGAGUCCGGCUUCGGGUCUCAAUCGGACCACAAGGACGGUAAAUUCAGCCCCAGAGAUGCACCGCUUUUUGCGCAGCGCGUCUACGAUCAAGUCGUUGCGCGCACACUCUCCCACGGCACGACCUGCGCCUCCUACUUUGCAACCGUGCAUGUCCCCGCCACUAACGCUUUGGCUGCGCUGUGUUAUACGCGUGGCCAGCGCGCUUUCAUCGGCAGAGUAUGCAUGGACAAUCCGGAUUUCUGCCCGGCCUAUUACAAGGAUCUCUCCGCUGCGGACUCUCUGUCUGCGACAAAGUCUACGAUCGAGUACAUCCACACCCUUGACCCCAAGGGCAGUCUCGUCAAGCCCAUUGUGACCCCGCGCUUUGUGCCUACCUGCUCGCGACCCGCUCUCGAGGACCUGGGCAAGCUCGCUGCGUCGUAUAGCCCACCACUGCACAUCCAGACUCACAUCUCCGAAAACAAGAACGAAGUUGCCCUCGUCAAGGAGCUAUUCCCUGAGUGUGCGAGCUACGCCGCCGUCUACGACGAAUAUAAUCUUCUCACGCCGCGGACGAUUCUCGCGCACGCAGUCCAUCUCACACCAGAGGAGCGCGCUCUGGUUCGUCAGCGGGACGCCAAAAUCUCGCACUGUCCCGCCUCCAACUCGGCCCUUGGAUCAGGAAUUGCUCCCGUUCGCGCCUAUAUCGACGAAGGGGUGACCGUUGGCCUCGGGACGGACGUAAGUGGGGGUUACAGCCCCAGUAUCCUGGAGGCAGCCCGACAAGCCUGUCUUGCCUCGAGGCUGUUGGGUCAUACGGCCGAUUUUCAAGCAGAGACAUGUACAAACUCGCACCCCAAGUCAGAUGGAAGAGAAAAACUGUCCAUUGAAGAAAGUUUGUACCUUGCUACCCGCGGCGGCGCAGCGGUCGUCGACAUGGCGGAUGAUAUUGGCGGCUUUGAAAGGGGCAUGAUCUGGGACACGCAGCUGAUUCAACUAGGUGGCUUGAAGGAGGCUGAUCGGAGCCCGCUCGACUCCGCUUUGGAGAAUAGCCAUGGAACUGGCCAGAGCCUUGUGCAGCCUGGUCCGGUGGGCAAUGUCGAUCUCUUUGGCAAGGAGACUUGGGAGGAGAAGAUCCAGAAGUGGGUUUGGAACGGAGAUGAUCGCAACGUGAAAUCUGUCUGGGUUGGGGGGAGGUUGGUGCAUUCUCGGAGUUGA